AUGAGAGAACUUCUUACCUUUUGAGCUAGCUUUUAAGGCCGAGUUAUAUCUAAAAACUAAUUUGACAUGGUAUAACAACUCUAACCUUACGUUCGGAAGGGAGCACUAAAAAUUGAUGUAUAUUAAUUGCACUUUUGACAAUGCCCAUAAUCUUUAAUUAGUUGCUGCCCACUUACCUAUUUUUCUUUCCUACACAAGUACUAAUUUUGUACUUGUCCAUUUGUAACAUUCUGUUCAUCUUGUUCCCGAUUCCAGUGUUGUUCAUAAAGGCUCGAUUGUUAAUUAAGCGUAAGAAUGAGCACAAAGGCCAACAAAGUAAGCAGAAUUAAGAAGUGUAUGAAAGCACCCAUCAGAAUUCUAAUUAAAGCCAGGGAUUGCUACGUCCGGAGCCUGACGAAUUGUUCAGGCAGAAUGGGCUACGGAGGUGCCAUUGGCUCAUGUCCUGCCUUUACACAAAUCUCCUCUUCCUCCAGAAGUUUCAGUGCUAAUUCAUCUGCGUCUAGUGGCGGUGAUGAUUUCAGGGAGCUGAUUCGAAUUUCUUCGAGAAAAAAUCAUGUGGAAUUGGAGAACGUGAGGCAGAUAUCCCUCGAUAGAAAAGGGAUGAAUGUUGUGCCUCGGACUCGUUACGUUGCCAUUGGAAGAAUUGAUGAAGAAGAGCCUUGUGAUUUUGGUAAUAAAAAGGUUCAAUUGAACUCUCGUCGCUUGAUUCACAAAUUACGACCACCAUCAUCUAUUAACCUUAUGAUGAUCAUUAAACUGUUUUCUCCCCACUUGUUUAUUUUCUUCUUAUCAGUCCUUUUUUCUUGCAUAUCUGUAUUUGCCAAUAAUACUCAACAUUCGACGAUUCAAAUUCUUGGAUAUCAAAGUUUGAAAAUGAGUACAAACAAGGGAAGCAAAGAGAGUAGACUCACGAGGUGCAUAAAAGCACCAAUUAGAGUUUUAAUUAAAGCAAGAGACUGUUACGUCCAUAGCUUGAUGGAUUGUUCUGGAAAAAUUGGGUAUGGCAGUGUUAUGGGUGUUCCACAAAUCUCUGCUUUACCGAGAAGUUUCAGUGUCAAUUCAUCUGUAUCUAGUAGCAGGGACGAAGAUUUCAGGGAGCUGGUGCGAAUUGCUUCCAGAAAAAGUCUGGUAAACAAAAUGGAAACAGAGCUUCUGAGACAAAAAUCAAUUGCUAGUAAAAAUGUUGAUGCGGUGCCACGGAGUCGAUCUGUUGCAAUUGGAAGAAUCGAUGAAGAUAAGCCAUGUGAUUUUGGUGACGAUGUGAAAGUGAAUACAGAUUUGUUUCUGAGAAGUAGAAGCUGUGCUGUUUCUUCUAGAAAAACAGGGGUGUUCUGAAACAGAGGAAGAGAAUUUGGAAGAAGGAAACAAGGCUUGCUGUUGUCAAUUAUCUGCUUGACUGUUUCUUUGGGUUGUUUUUGUUAUGCUCUCUCUUUCGCUGUUGUUGCAUAUACAUCUUCACUUUGCAUGUAUAAUGAUCGCUUUGAUUUCUACCCGUAAUCGCUUAACUAAUAAUUAUUACUAAUAAACAUUUUAUAAAUUUCAUUUU